AUGGAGCUCACCUAAGAUCGCCCGAAAUGAACUUUUCCCUUUCUCCCCCGUCCCCCCGAUCAGCCCUGACUGAAACUCGCUCGCAUCAUGCUCUCGCCGUCCCCCGGGCACUUUGAAACGAACCCUGGUUUAUAAUCUGGAACCUUGUCGGUGCAGUACUUUUGCACUGUACCACUUGGCUAUGUACUUGAUUGGAAUAGCGACCGCGAUCAUAAGAUAGAUAAUAUUGACAUGCCUUUUAGUUCGAUGCCCCUUGACCGAACGGACCGUACUAUGUCUGGUUCUAUGUUUCUCCGGAACAAUCGCAGUGGAACUAGCGCUCUCCUACAAAUAACCGAUUCUAUUCACAAUAUCCCUCCACAUACAAAUAAACAACAUAGCCUGCUAUUACUCCUCACAUGGGAUACGAUACGAUAUCAAAUCUCAAGGACCCCGAUUCCGAGCCCUUGGGACAGGGUAGGGCCCAGAGUUGCACAAAUGCACCCUCCGUUCACAGAGCCUUGCGCAUCUCACAAAACUAUACGCACAGUACAGCACCUGGGCCCUAAUAGCCCUUCCCAAUUUCACUCGCAUCCCCCCGCCACUAUUGCAGCCUGUACAGUACAGUACUGCAAAAGAAUGACAAUAGAGAAAACCCACCUUCUUGAUCUCACCUUAACUGAAGUGGCAGUAAUACCGACCUACCCAGAGUCAGAAAUCACCAUGUGCAUACUAUAUGCAAUUAGCCACCGAAACCUUCACACUGUACAGUACAGAGGUACCGAGUAUAUCUCUCCACCAAGCAGUCCACUACUAUUUAUCCCCCUCUCCCAAUAUCCUAAGUCAGGUAUCAUAGAAACCCUUCCACAUAAACCCAAGCCCAACCACAGCCAAAGAACCAAGCCCCAUGUCCGUCCAUCAACCACAUUCCGCGGCAGCAGGAGCCACAGCUCACACCCCUGCAACCAAACUCCCCGGAUAGCGUGUUUCAGCAACCUGGUCCAAUAGUCCUAUAAUCCCGGUUGUAUGUCCGGUAGACUAUAGUUAAUUAAGGUAGGUAAUGUCAAAAUAAUCCCUCCGCACAGAGCGAGACUACCGUAAGUACUGUACAUACAAUACAUACUAAGGUUCUCGAGUCCAGGGUACUGUACGUUCAAAUAUAAGGCACGGAAGGGACUUUUUUUCUCCUGU